AUGCUAGAGUUCAGCCAACAAGAACCCCGCCGCGGCGAGGCCAUGCCCAUCCUCUGCAAAAUCUACCAGAAGCGUCGUGCCGGCCGGUCCGCCUCGAAGACGAUUUCGGCUGGGUCGUCAUCGAUGUCGGAAUCCAAGAGGAAGGCGGCGGCCGCGGACGAGCGCUCCGUCGAGGGUUCCUCGGCCCGCGUGAGGCGAUGCCUGCAGUUCCGUCCGCCUCCUGCCGCACCAAAUCCGCCCGCACUGGUUGCUACAUCGGAGAUUCAAGAAGCGUUCUUGCUUUCAGCCCAGCGGCCGCAGGCAGAGCAAGAACCAGAGGAGUCGCAAGAACCGCCGGUACGCAUAGCACACACAGCCACACCGCUGAUUCCCAGCUUCUCCAUGGCCGCCGACCACGCCCUGAGCUUCGACCGCACCACCUUCCUCCGCCCCGCCCAAGAUUGGCCCAUGCCAGCGAAUUCGGACCUGAGCGACACGUCGACGGCACUACUGAGCAAUUAUGGCUUCGUCUCACCAGCCACCUCCGAGCUGAGCUGCUACAAUGCCACGACACCCUUGAGAGAUAACACCGGCGCUUGGGCCUUCCAGCCGUCCGCCCUGACCUCCUCCUAUGACACCACCUUCCUCCUCCCUGGCCAAGAUUGGGCCACACCAGAGUCGUCACAAGUCAGUGAGGCAUCGACGCUGGAUAGCUACGGCUGCUUCUCGCCCGACCACGCCACGUCCAGGACCACCACACAGCCGAUCAGCAACGGCACCGGCUAUUGUUGGUCUUUCCCGCAGUACAGUGAGCUAUCGGCAAUUUUUGGCGCCUGAUUGAGUGCUUUGAUAUGCUUCCACGUUAGGCUAAGAGGAGUGUUGACGUAUAAUGUGCUGCCUAGUCUCUUUCAUCAGAUCGGUUUGUUGGUUGCAUUGGCUAGAGCAUGCACUUUUACAUGGUAUCGGAGCUAAGAGGUCUUGUUUAGGCCUGAAGGAGCCACACGUGAGGGGGAGUGUUGACGUAGGGCUAGAGCAUGCACUUCUACAGUGUGGGUCUGCCUCCUUUAGUUUGUAGGGAUUUUUUUGCCAUACUCGAUUGUUCUUGGUAGACUUUUUCAGCAGCAACUCUGCUUUCUGUUGGAACCGAGGCUUGGUUCAGUUAACCGGCAUCUUAGCGGUCCUCCGGCGAUGUAACUGGGAUGCACACAGCACACAUAGCUGUGGAUCCUUCGUUGUGCACUCUUCCUAUAGCCGUGGUUUAGUACAAGAGUUUAUUUAUUAGGCCUCCAAUUGAUUUAGUUUUUUAGAUUAUUGUGCUUUUGUUGCUACUGCACACACACUGAAUAAUUCAGAAAUGGAGCGCUUCUUGUUUACCUGGCCCACGCAGCGUUAUAAGGUGAAGAACUUUUUAAGCAAGGGGCCUCGUAGUCUCCUAUUCAUAUGUUUUUGGGGUGAUGAUUCUUAAAUCUUAAUGUGGUCUAUCCUUCAUUAUGAACUGACAAACAAAGCAGCACAUCAAGCGAUUUGCAUGAUUUCACCCAGUUGGUUAAUCUGGGUAGAACAAUGGGUUUCCUUCUGCGUAUCUGAAAAUGAAAAAGUUCAGUGCUCUAAGUGAUACUUACAUACUCCCUCCGUCCGAAAAAGCUGGUCCCAAGCUUGUCCCUCAAAUGGAUGUAUCUAGCGACAAGAUUUUUCGGAUGGAGGGAGUAUAUAAUUAGUAGAGCCCCAAUACAAUUAGUCAUACUUCGAGGUAUAUAAUAUGAGUAGAGCCUGGAUAUAAUUAUCUUUUUUUUGUCUAUCAAUAGCAGUUCAUUCUGUUCUGGUUUGAAUUAGCAAUACCUGUACCUUCAAUGAUGUUUUAAUCUGUUACUCUACUUAGCUAUUACUGUUAUUGACACAACAAAGUCAUGCCAUCAAUAGUCACUCUUUUUGCAGAUUCAGAAACAAUGUAGAGCUUACUGAAGUAAAACAAAGUAUAUGUUAUUAGCUGUCAUAAUGUUCAAGUCAAAGUUGUCUUGUUUCAUACCACUGACCGCACCUUUGGUCGUGACGCAUCAAAAUAAGUCUUCUAUGUUGUAUAUCAUAUCAGUUCUCUGAAUUUUCAAAUAGUACCUAAACCAGUUGAUCUUAUAUCUUAUGAAUGUAGCUUCGUUUUUGGUCUAAUUGGCGUCGGUUCAUUCUCUUCUAGUUCUCAUUUGUGCAGGCAUUGAGCUUUCCAAGGAGGAACAAAGCCUUAGAUGAUGCACUGUUUGGUUUCUUCAUCAAACAGUUCUCCCCCUCCAUUAUGACAUCAUAGUGAACUUUUUUGUUUUAUUUCUGUGAUUCAUGCGCCUUCAUUUGUUCUUCUGUGCUUUUUUUGAGGCAGGAAUGCAGUCUGUGAAAUACUUGAAAAGAAAUUUCAGCCACUUCUGAGGACUCCUCACUAGUGAACAGAGUUUUUGUUCUAUAUAUCCUCUCCACCCUGCCCCACCCUCUACAUUUCGUACUAGCUAGAUGCAAAAAUGCAUUACAUUUUUUUCCUGGUAGCUAUGGGGCGUGUUAUCUUUCUCUGCGAUGUUUUCUUUUUAAAGCGUCAAUUUAUUUUGUAGGCUAAAAAGAACAAAGUAGAUGGUGUGGUCAGGGAUGCUUUUAGCAGAUUUUCAGAUUAGUACUCCUCGCAAGUGCUGAAAAACCUGACUCCAUACCAGAGCGCUGUUAUUGGUUCAGGUUUGGAUGGCUCCUUGUGUAUGGGAAGCAUGAAAUUCCGUCAGAGUUUGCCAGAUGGGUGACUGACCAGAAGAUGCACAGGCGGCAAACACCCAAGCAGGGUUGUUCCUACCUUCACGAAGAUGCCUAAUUCCUUGAUGCCUUGAUCAACUUAUCCCCUUUGCGCACAUAAAUCUGUCUUGGUCAUCACACGGGUCUUGUCAUUCACUUUGUUUUCUGACCUUUUUUUGCUAAUAAUAAAGAGUCGUUCUUGCUUGUUUCCUGUUGUUGCAUAUCUUUUGUUACUACGCCCUCUUAAAAAAAAAUCUUGAUCUCAAAGCAAUUUUUGAAGGGUAUUUUUGUACUUGCAUUGUGAUGGAUGUGUUAAAAAAGUAAAAAUGUGUCUGAUUUCGUGCAAAAUAAAAUCUGCAUGUGUUCCAAAAUAUUUAAAUUAGAGUGUGCAAUUUGGUCUACAAAUUAUCUGUUUUGCUAUAGAAAGAAGAAUCAAUGUUUGGAAUA